AUGCACCGCACUGGAUGCCAGCUCGGAAGAGAGACAGAACUUGGGGGUCUCCUAUACUCUGAAGGACUUGGAACAGCAUACCUGCCAAGACAAACUACAAGCAGUGUUUGCAGCCAGCCUCAAGGGUCAGAUGCAGAGAGUACAACUGUGCACCUUGAGUCUUUGAAAAAGCUAGCAUUGGCAUUACAAGACAAAAAACACAUUAUUGAAGACUUAAAAGACCAGAAACAGAAAAUGAUAGAUCACUUGAAUUUAGAUGACAAAGAAUUAGUCAAAGAACAGACGAGUCACUUUGAACAACGAUGGUUUCAGCUUGAAGACCUCAUCAAGAGGAAAAUCCAGUUGUCAGUCACGACUUUAGAGGAGUUGAAUUUGGUACAAUCCAGAUUUCAAGAGCUAACUGAAUGGGCUGAAGAGCAACAACCUGGCAUAGUUGAAGCACUCAAGCAGAGCCCUCCCCCAGAUCUAGCUCAAAACUUGCUCAUGGAUCAUCUUGCCAUUUGCAGUGAACUAGAGUCUAAACAGAUGAUCUUAAAAUCCCUCAUCAAGGAUGCUGAUAGAGUGAUGGUUGAUUUAGGCCUCAAUGAAAGACAGCUAAUUCAGAAGGUACUCUGUGAUGCACAAGGUCAUGUUAGUUGCCUCAGUGAUUUAGUGGGCCAAAGAAGAAAACACUUAAAUAAGGCAUUAUCUGAGAAGACCCAAUUCCUCAUGGCAGUGUUUCAGGCUAGCAGCCAGAUUCAGCAGCAUGAAAGAAAGAUCAUGUUCCAUGAACACAUUUGCCUAUUGCCAGAUGAUGUCAGUAAGCAGGUGAAGACUUGUAAGAGUGCCCAAGCCAGCUUAAAAACCUAUCAGCAUGAAGUUGCUGGGCUUUGGGCUCAAGGACGAGAUUUAAUGAAGGAAGCCACAGACCAAGAAAAGAAUGAAGUUUUAAGUAAGCUUCAGGAACUUCAGGGCAUUUAUGACACCGUUUUACAUAAGUGUAGCCAAAGGCUGCAAGAACUGGAAAAGAAUUUGGUUUCUAGGAAGCAUUUUAAGGAGGAUUUUGAUAAAACUUGUCAUUGGCUGAAACAAGCAGAUAUCAUUACAUUUCCUGAAAUAAACUUAAUGAAUGGUAGUACUGAGCUUCAUGCCCAGCUGACAAAAUACCAGUGCCUUCUUGAACAAUCUCCUGAAUUUGAAAACCUUCUGCUGAUCCUCCAAAGAACUGGACAAGCAAUUUUGCCAUCACUUAAUGAGAUGGACCAUUCCUACCUCGAUGAAAAACUGAAUUCAUUGCCCCAACAAUUUAAUGUUGUUGUGGCCCUGGCUAAAGAUAAAUUCUAUAAAGUACAAGAAGCUAUCCUUGCCCGGAAAGAAUAUACCUCCUUGAUUGAAUUGACUUCUCAAUCUUUAAGUGAACUGGAAGACCAGUUUAUGAACAUGAACAAAGUCCCCACCAAUCUCUCAACUCAAGAAGCCUUGUCUCUUCAAGAAGCUUGUAGAGUUCUUCUUGGAGAAGUUUUAAUUCUAGGGGCAGCAGUAGAUGAGUUGAACCAAAAGAAGGAGGGUUUUCGUAGCACAGGUCAACCAUGGCAGCCAGAUGAGAUGCUCAAAGUUGUUACUCUAUAUCACAAACUGAAAAGACAGACAGAACAAAGAGUUGGCUUAUUAGAAGACAUAACUAAUGCUUAUGGGGAACAUGAAGAAAUGUGCCUUCAGCUAGAGAAACAGCUAGAAGCUGUAAAGAAAGAGCAAACCAAAGUGAAUGAGGAAACUCUUCCUGCAGAAGAAAAACUAAAAACAUACCAUUCACUUGCUGGAAGCCUCCAAGAUUCAGGAAUCCUUCUGAAGAGAGUGACUGAGCAUCUUGAAGAUCUUUCUCCAAAUCUUGACCCUAUGGCUUAUGAGAAAGCAAAUCAGCAGGUUAAGGCAUGGCAAGAGGAGCUCACAGUGCUGACUUCAGGCAUUAGUGAGACUGUAAUGGAGUGUGAAAGUCGACUGAUUCAAAGCAUAGACUUUCAGACCGAAAUCUGCCGCUCGCUAGACUGGCUUAGACAUGUGAAAGCAGAACUUAAUGGAACAAUAUGUUUAGAUACAAAACUUCAGAAUAUUCAAGAAGAAAUCCGAAAGGUUCAGAUUCACCAGGAAGAGGUUCAAUCUAGCCUGAGAAUAAUGAAUGCACUGAGUAGUAAAGAAAAGGAAAAAUUCUUGAAAGCAAAGGAACUGAUUUCUGCUGACCUAGAAAACACCCUUGCUGAAUUGUCUGAACUAGAUGAUGAAGUUCAGGAAGCCAUACGAAGUAGACAGGCCACAUUGACAAAAGUAUAUAAAUUUUGUCAGAAGUAUUAUCAAGUAUUUCAGACAGCUAAAGACUGGCUUGAGGAUGCUCAAGAAUUGUUACAGCUGGCAGGCAGUGGAUUGGAUGUGGAAGGCUCCGAAGAGAACCUAAGAAGCCACACAGAAUUUUUCAACACUGAAAAUGAAUUCCAUAGUCAACUAGCAGAGCUCCAAGCUUUGGUGUCCAAAAUGGAACCUUUUAUUAAAACCACUGGAAAGGAAGAACUGCUGCAGAAAGUGGCUUCCUUGGAAGAAAAGGGCAAGAAAGUCAUUCAGGAAUCUCAAGUCCAACUAGACCUAUUGCAAAGAUGUGCAACUCAAUGGCAGGAUUAUCAGAAAUCAAGAGAGGAAGUUAUUGAGCUGAUGAAUGAAGCUGAAAAGAAAUUAUCUGAAUUUUCUGUAUCUAAAGCUUCUUCCAGUUGUGGAGCAGAAGAAAAAUUACUGGAUCACAAGUCACUGGUAUCUCUAGUAAACUCCUUCCAUGAAAGGAUUAUAAUCUUAGAAGAAAAAGCCUCUCAGUUAGAAAAAAAUGGAAAUGAUGCCAGCAAAGCAACCAUCAGCAGGUCAAUGACUACUGUCUGGCAACGCUGGACACGCAUUCGUGCUGUAGCUCAGGACCAGGAGAAGAUUCUGGAAGAUGCAGUGGAUGAGUGGAAAAGCUUCAAUGGCAAGGUUCAAAAGGCCACUGAAAUGAUAGAUCAACUACAAGAUAAUUUACCUGGAAGCUCAGCAGAAAAAGCCUCAAAAACUGAACUCUUGGCACUCCUUGAAUAUCAUGACACAUUUAUUCUUGAGGUGGAACAGCAGCAGGCAACUCUUGGUGUCCUGAAGCAGCAAGCUCUGAAUAUGCUACAUGAUGGGGAAGUUGAAUUGCCUACUGAAGAAGAGCUACCUAUCAUUCAAGAAAUCACAGCUAUGCAAGACAGAUGCCUUAACAUGCAGGAAAAAGUGAAGAAAAAUGGGAAGUUGGUAAAACAAGAACUAAAGGACCGUGAAGCAGUAGAGACCAGGAUUCAUUCAAUGAAGUCUUGGAUUCAGGAAACAAAAGAAUAUUUGGUGAACCCUACAAUGGAAAUAGAUGCUCAGCUUGAAGAAUUGAAGGGUCUCCUGACUGAAGCAACUACUCAUCACCAGGCCAUUGAGAAAAUAACUGAAGAACAGAAAAAUAAAUACUUGGGUCUCUAUACCAUAUUGCCAGCUGAGCUCUCUCUUCAGUUAGCUGAAAUAGCGCUAGACAUAGGGACAAUACAUGAUCAGAUCCAAGCCAAAGAAAAAGAAGCCCAGAGGAGCAAAACAAUGAAUCACGAAUUCGGCCAGAAAAUUCAGAGGAUAGCAAAAGAACUCACUACUAUUUUGACCAAGCUAAAAGUAAAGACAAAUGACUUAGCACAAGCUAAAAUUGACCAGAAGACCCUUGGAGAGGAAUUAGAUGGAUGUAAUAUAAAGCUAAUGGAACUAGAUGCGGCUGUACAAGAUUUCACUGAGCAGAACAGCCAACUGGCUAAGCAACUGGCCAAGAGGAUUGGUAAACUGACUGAGCUUCACCAGCAGACCAUUAGGCAGGCUGAAUACAGGCUCUCCAAGCUCAAUCAGGCAGCUGCACAUUUAGAAGAAUAUAAUGAAAUGCUGGAAUUCAUAUUGAAGUGGGUAGAAAAAGCUAAGGUCUUGGUACAUGGAAAUAUUGCUUGGACUUCUGCUAGCCAACUUCGAGAACAAUUUAUUUCAUAUCAGACCAUGCUAGAAGAGUCUGGAGAAAUUCACAUUGAUUUGGAGGCCAUGAAAGAAAAGAUAGAACAGCUGAGCAGCGUGUAUUGUACAGAGGUCAUGUCUCAACAAGUGUCAGAACUGGGACGAGAGACAGAGGGGUUGCGGCAACUCAUCAGAUCACGUUUGCAGAAUCUCCAAGAUGCUGCGAAGGAUAUGAAAAAGUUUGAAGCUGAGCUAAAAAUCCUACAAGCUGCAUUGGAGCAAGCUCAAAAAACUCUUACUUCCCCAGAGUUAGGACGUCUAAGUCUGAAAGAACAGCUUUCUCAUCGACAGGUAAAAAAAAGAAGAAGAAGAAGAAGAAAAAGUAACUAUGCAUAAGUACUAUUUCAGGUAGCUUUUGCAAAAAUAGGAUUGGCUUAAAUUACAGUCCUAGUUGUAUGUAAAUUAUUUUGAAUUUUUUAUAUUUGGGGAAUAAAAACUUAUGAGCAAC